AUGGACUCUACACCGCAGACCCUGGUCGGAAAGGUGGCCUUAGUGACAGGAGGUGCCCGAGGAAUCGGUCGGGGCAUCUGCCUGGAGCUGGUUAAAAGUGGCGCAUCUGUCGCGAUUAAUUAUGCCACAAGUUCAGAGGCCGCCGAUGGACUGGUGAAAGAGAUCGAAGGCAUUGGUGGUUCGGCUGCCGCUUUCAAGGCCGAUAUCACCAAGCUUGAAGAGAUCUCAGACCUCUUCUCUGCCGCGAUUGCCAAGUUUGGCCGAUUGGAUAUUGUUGUCUCCAACUCCGGAAUGGAGAAAUUUGCAAAACUAGAGGAUACUACCCUCGAGGAUUUCGAUCAAGUCUUCAACCUCAACACUCGAGCUCAAUUCUUUGUUGCCAAGAACGCACUUGAGCAUCUCCAGCCCGGGGGCCGGGUUGUACUCAUGUCGUCAAUCGCAGCUGGACUCGGAGUUGCCGGCCACGCGCUUUAUGCAGGAAGUAAGUCGGCUGUGGAAGGGUUCACGCGCUGCUUCGCUGCAGACUUUGGUAUUAAAAGAUGCACGGUCAAUGCUAUUGCUCCCGCCGGAGUUAAAAGUGACAUGUGGUUGUCUAACUCAUGGCGCUAUGCCCCGGGUUGCACCAAGGACUCCUCCCUCGAAGAUAUUGAGGCUGCCCUCGCCAACGGAAGCCCAUUGAAAAGAUGCGGUGAGCCUAGUGAUAUUGGGCGUGUUGUGUCAUUCCUAGCUAGCCCUGCUAGUGAGUGGAUUAACGGUAAGCAAUAA